GGAGGGAGGAGAGAGGGGCUGGGGGAGGCUUGAUGAGAAAUCAUGUCGACCCGCGACGUCGGAGGGAAGGAGCGGUGGGGAACGUGGGAGGAGCUGGUGUUGGCCUGCGCCGUGAAGCGUCACGGUACCAAGAGUUGGGAUUUCGUCGCCAUGGAGGUCCAGACGCGGACAUCGUCGCCUUCCCGAUUCCUGCUCUCCGCCGACGACUGCAGAGCGAAAUACAGGGACCUAUGGAGGAGAUUCAGGAACGGCAAGGCUAGGAAGGAAGACGAGGGGGAGGAGGAGGGAGAGGGAGUGGAGGAAGGACAUGAGGCCGGGGAGGAGAAGGAGAGGAGGAUACCGUGGUUGGAGGAGUUGAGGAAGAUCAGGGUCGAUGAACUCAGGCGAGAGGUAGAGCGUUACGACGUUUCGAUCGUCUCCCUACAACACAAGCUUAACAAACUGAAGGAAGAUCGCGAGCGCAGCGUCUCGGAGGCCGAGAACGGCCAGAAAGAUCUAGAUCCGGUGAAGGAAGAGAACAGAGAGCAGCUCUUACGUUCAGAAGGAGAGGCAGCCGACCGAAAGGCCGAUGGCGAGAAGGAGGCGGAGGGUGGAACGAUCAAGGGAAUCGAUCCUGAGACGAAACCCAGCGAACCGAAUCAGAGAAACGAUGAAUCGGAUCGCGAGAACCGAUCCUUUUCCGAGUCGAACUCGACAGAGGAGAAGCCCCAGGCUAGGGCUCCAGAGCCGGAGAUGACCGAUGGAGUGCAAGACCGGACGGCAGACCCUGCCGGCGAGGGGACGAGGGGGGAGAGACCUGCCGGACGACCGCCGUCACCGUCCGAGUCGUACAACGGAAGUUCGGAGACUAUUGGCAAGGAUCCGGCAGGGCGACAGUCCCUGAGGGAGGGGAGGGAAGCGGACCUCGGCGACGUUUACUCUGCUACGAAGGACGCCACAGGAGGAGAAAUAGGUGGCGCGGGACGGUCGAACGCCGAGUCAAAGGACGGCAGCGGCGAGGUCGAGGACGCGAAGGAAAGCAGCGAGGAGUUGAGCUCCGUCCGCCUCUCAAAGAAGAGACGUCGCAAGGGGCUGGAGAAGAGCAGCAGCGGCGACGAUGACGAGCGAGCAUCCGACGGCGUUUCGACCGGGGACUCGCCUCGCAUGAAACGCAGCCGCGCCGUUGCCGGGGAGGUCGGCCGCCUGGCGGAACCCCUCGACGCCGUGCGGUCGCACCGGUACGGCCGCGUCUUCGAGCGCCGCCUCGAUAGCCAGGACACCAUGUAUUACAGAAGUCUGAUCCGGAAGCACGUAGAUCUCGAGGCAGUAUCGACGCGAGUCGAAGAAGGGCACUACUCUAGCCCCCUGGAAUUUUUCAGGGACCUCCUCCUCCUCUUCAACAAUGCUCUUGUUUUCUAUCCCAAGAACUCGCCGGAGUCUACCGCCGCUGGCCACCUUCGGGACCUCGUCACCAGAGAACUGAUGGCCCCCAAUAAAGCCCAGAAAGCCGAGAACAUGUCCGACCCGUCUCCGUCUUCCGAUACGAAGGAACAACCCAGAUCCGGUUCAAACAAUCCCGUUUCGCAACCUUCCAAGUCCGGUAACUCCGUCGCCCCAGUCGUCGUUAGCAGAAAGCGCAGCACCUUGUCUGCCUCUCAACCGGAGGCCGCGAAACAGCCUAACGUGGAGACCGAAUCGGUUACACGGGAGGAGCCUGACGGACCCGGUUCGAGAGAGGGCAAGGGAGGAGCGGAGAACGAGUCGAAGAAGAGGCCUCUCAAGGGCUCGAGGACCAAUAAGAGCAGGGCGAGCAUGAUGGCAACAAAGAACGCGCCGAAUUCUUCCAGCCACCAGAACGCGAGUCAGAGUUCCAACCACGGCCGCAGCCUCACGGCGUCCACGACAACGGCUUCGAAGGGGGUGUUGAAUGUUACCGUAGGGGAGAAGGCAGAAUUGCCGUCGAAAAAGCGGAGCGCGGCCGCAGCAAACUUCCUGAACAGGAUGAAGAGGGCAAGCGGCGGCCCAACAACGACGACCUCAGCCGCCAUGACUUCUGCGGGGACAAACCUGCUCGAGACGUUGAGGGAAUCGGGUGGUGGUAAUGGUGGGAGGGGCGGAGACCAGCGAAAAGGAGGGAGAGAUGGCCGGAAGGAACCUGGUUCGAGGCAGACUGGCGGCAGACAGAAUGCUCCGGCUUCGGCCCCGCCCAAGAGAGGAGUUGGGCGGCCACCGAAAAAAGGUGUCGCGGGGAGGCAGAGGGCUAAGGAAGCAGAGGCGCAACCUGCUCCUCCGCCACCGCCACCGUCCAGGACGGUCAGAAAGCGGGCAAGGAGGUGAAGGGUCGGCGACGCCCGGAGGGGCAACGCAUAGGUCUGGGAUUUUUUUGUAUAUUUUGUAAUGUUAUGGAUACCCUUUUUAACCGUCUUUUGGUUCAGUGCUUUAACAUAAUUAUUAACUUUCGUUGGAUAUGAGGAGGAUCUGGAUCAAGUUCCGACUCCCAUUCAGUUGCCU